AUGGUCAAUUGUAUUUCACCGGAGACACAGGUCCUGGUUAAUGGCGUCCACAUCCGCGUCGGACCGACGAUAAAAUAUCUCGGCCUGACGUUGGACAACCGAUGGAGCUUUGGGCCUCAUUUUAGACAGUUGGCCCCCAGGAUGCGCAAGACUGGUCUGGCGGUAGCCAGUCUAAUGCGCGCCCAAAGGGGCCCAGAUUGGAGGGCUCACCGUUUGUACAUGAGUGCGGUGCUCUCGAUCGCUCUGUACGGGACGCCAAUAUGGGCGCUUCAGCUCCUGGCCAGUGGCAGCGGAAAACGCUGGCUGCGGCAGGCCUUGAGGCCCGUAAUGAUCAGAGCGAUUCGGGGGUUCCGCACAAUAUCGUAUGUGAAGGAGUUCCGCGAUGGGGGUGAUCUGUCGGCCAAGGACCUGAAGGCCCUGAGGCUCCAGGCCAGAGCCCGGACCCUGGAGAGGUGGGAGGACAUUUUGUCCGACCCCCGAGGGCCUGGGCUCGUAACGGCCGAGGCUGUCCGCCCUUGCCUAUCCGAAUUCUCGAUGGUCUUCUUCGAGCAAAAGCUGUAUAACAAGCGCCUUCCAAACAACGUUCGGGACAGGGUGACGCCGGCUGGAUGA